AACUCUUUUCCUUACUGCUGCGGUAUAAGGGCUUGCAUUCAGAACCUCGUCUUGACUACGCCAAUAGGCAAAGUUUCACUAGGGUUGAACCACUGGCAUAUUCCUUUACCCCAGAAUAGACCAAUCAAGUUUUCUAUGUCUACGAUAUUCCGAUUUGGAAGGGGUGAGAGCAGCUAUAGAUAACUUCGUUUUCUUUAAGCAGCUCCCGCCUGAGCUGAGGAUCAGGAUCUGGAGAUAUGCUCUGCCGCCGGCAAGCCCCGGAGUUCACUUCUUUCGUCUCUUAAAUGCCGGCAAAGCUCGAGUGAAUCGCUAUGGCAUUCUGUUGAGUAACUGGCCAAAGGAUCACUACCUCAUGCCCCCAACAUGGCCUGUCAGUCCUUUCCCAAACACCUCUAGCGAUUCGAGGAAAGAGAUGGAGUCGCAUUUAGGUGGUAACCCUUCUUCGUACGUAACCGGUCUGAAUCUGCGGAAGACAUGCAGAGAGUCCCGUUACGCCGCUUGUCUAGAGGAGAGGCAGAGGCGAAGUGGCGCUUGUGGGCUGUUAAGUCAAGGCUCAACUUGGAUUGCCACGGGACGCAAAACAUCGUAUUCAUUGACUUCCGGAGAAAUUGAUUUAAGGGAACAUUCACACAUUUUGUGCGCUCCAGAUGACCUCGUUAUCUUUCAGCUUCAUCCUCUCGAAUCGGCGUCCUUUACUCCAUGCAACAAUAGACCAGAGGCAGGCUUGGGGAAGUGGGGCCUCGGGAUGCGGCAUAUUGGCUGGGAGUAUCACGCCGACUGGUUCUCCAACAGGAGGAUAUGCCCAUCCACCGACAUUCUGAACUUCCUGUGUUCAUGCGCCUUGCAAGGCGCAAGGGCUGGCAAUCUAGAGACAAUAUGGAUAGUGAACUACAACAUCAAACGAAAACAGUGGGUGCCUUCAACAAAAACAACAAACGCCCAGGCCGAUAUGCAUGUUUUCAAGAUGGAUAAGUAUCGACUUGUAGAAGUCGACUACAAAGAUUGGCGCCGCUUGCCACGAGAAGAGGCUACAUGGGAAGAAGUUUCGGAAAACCCAGAAGAAGACGCAACCAACACUUUCUUACCGUUCGUUAACUUUCUUCAAGGCUUGAUCUCACUUCUGAUUGGGCAUCGCCAAGCUCUUCGACCGCAUCCCGUUCGUGUUGGAAUCUUGGCAUGUGAGAUGUAUUAAGAUAGGGGGGCUUCAGCGAGCUUUUCUGUUCUCUUCUUCUUUUGAUUUCUAUCAUGCUGUUUUAAGUCCAGGUAUUGCUUCAUGGAUCAUGGAAGGAUGGAGAGACGCGUUCCAUCUAAUCAAUUAAUCUACGUCGGUAGGAGGCUCUAGAUCGUCGCCAACCCGCUUGACCCGUGGUUACAAAGACCUUCUGCACCUUGGUUAUAGUAUUAGACACGCCAUAACCUGGUUCCGAACCAUGUCCUUGCCAUAGGUACCUGACACCAUCAAAUCAAUCCUAGCUUUAGUGUUAAGAUAUCUCGC